AUGGCGCGCGUUGCUGUCGGGCAGUUGACAUCAACGGCCAGCAUGGCGCACAACCUCGCCCAGUGCCGCCUCCUCAUUAAGAAAGCAAGCCAGGCCGGCGCCAGAGCCCUUUUCCUGCCCGAAGCAAGCGACUACAUCGCCGGCUCUGGAGAGGAGACCGUCCGGCUCGUCAAGCCAGUCCAUGAAAGCGAGUUUGUCCUGGGCUUGCGUGAAGAAGCCCGGCGCGAGAGGUUGUCGAUCCAUGUCGGUGUGCACGAGCCAGGGCUCGACACCCAGCGAGUGAAGAACACCGUGUUGUGGAUUGACGACCGCGGCGAAAUCGUGCACCGUUACCAGAAGAUUCACCUGUUUGACGUCGACAUCAAGGACGGCCCGGUGCUGAAGGAGAGCAACUCCGUCGAGCCAGGUGCCGAGAUUGUGCCUCCGUUCGAUACUGCGGUUGGGAAAGUCGGUUCUACGAUAUGCUUUGAUCUUCGGUUCCCCGAGAUCAUUCUCCGCUUGAAGCGCCUUGGAGCUGAUAUCAUCACCUUCCCUUCCGCAUUUACAGUCCCAACAGGAAAGGCCCAUUGGGAAGUCCUGUUGAGAGCACGGGCGAUCGAGACACAAUGUUAUGUCAUUGCCGCCGCGCAGGUCGGAAGGCACAACGAGAAGCGUGUGAGCUACGGCCACAGCAUGAUUGUCGAUCCGUGGGGUACCGUGAUAGCCGCGCUUGGGGGGGCAGGCGAAGAGCCCGAGAUUGCUACUGCCGAGAUUGACCAUGGCCUUCUACGCAAGGUCAGGAUGGAGAUGCCGCUCCGACGACGGACGUAUGUGCUGCCGCAACACCUCGAUGUGUAUCCGGAGAUUUAG